AUGCUAAAAGUUUAUGACAAUUCCAGGCAAAGCUUUGUAGCAAGCUCGAGCAUUUGUUUUAGUGUGGGUGCCUUCAGGGAAUUGGAUCAAGCUUUGAAGUGCUUCGGGAACUUACAAACGCAAGCCGCCUUACGAAUGACUCGUAGAUUCAUAAAUGAUGAUGACGACAUCAAGUUGUAUAUCUGUGCUUGCUUAAUGUUUAAAAUGAGAGCACAGAAUUUGAGCUGUGAGGGAGUAAAACAAAUUGUACCUUCAAUGAAACUUCCAGUAUGCCUCGAACAGAACAACAAGCAAUAA